CUUCCCCCAGUCCAGCGUCUCUCUUCUGCUUUCUAGGCCCGUGUUGAACCUGAAGCGUUCAUGCGUAGCUUUGGAAAGAUAUUUUCUUGAAUCAAACAAGGGCUCGCAUAAGGACAGCAGUUAUUUUUAUUCAACCACGUACAUUUAUUCCUAACUAUGGAUUAUAAUAUGGAAAUAAGUUCCACGACACCGUCAUACGGCUUUCAGCAUGAAGAUCAAGAAUUCGGAGCAGAUCAAAACGUGAACUCGCCGGUGGAUGAAGCAGCUGAUUUUUUGAGCAGAGAAGCAGCGGCUCGUGUACCAGAGGAGGAUGAUAUUUUAGAUCUGGCCGGAGGAGCGAAAGAUGCGAUCGAGAGGCACCGGUCCACACUGCCACGUACAGAGGAGCCACUGUUGGACUUAAAGCAGCCAGAACAAUCAACAACCACUUCUGAUCCGAAGCCAGAGGAUGUCAAACCAGCACCGAUCAGUGCAUUUGGUGAUAUGAAAACAAAACAAACAGAAAUAGAAGAAAAAACAACAGUCACGCCAUCCAAACCUGAAUCUAAAACUUCAUUGGUGGACCUGCUGUAUUGGCGAGAUCUGCAGAGGACGGGGGUGGUGUUUGGAGCCAGUCUGUUGCUGCUGCUGUCCCUCAGUGCAUGCAGUAUUAUCAGUGUCUUCUCCUACGUCGCACUCGCCCUGCUGUCUGUCACCAUCUCCUUCAGGAUAUACAAGGGCAUUUUACAGGCCAUUCAGAAGUCAGAGGAUGGACACCCCUUCAAGAUGUAUCUGGAUAAGGAUAUCGUGAUCCCGACCGAGAUGGUUCAUAAGUACAGUGAUGUUGCUCUGGGGCACAUCAAUGCUGGCAUCAGGGAACUGCGACGGCUCUUCCUGGUGGAGGAUCUGGUGGACUCGCUCAAGUUUGCAGUUCUCAUGUGGAUCCUGACCUAUGUUGGGGCCUUGUUCAAUGGUCUUACCCUCCUUAUUUUGGGUCUCAUUGGUGCUUUCAGUUGGCCAGUCAUCUAUGAAAAACAUCAGGCACAAAUUGACCAUUACUACGGACUGGUGAACAAGCAAAUCAAAGAUAUAGUGGGAAAGAUCCAGGCCAAGAUUCCCGGAGCAAAGCCGAAGACAGAGUGAAGAAAGUUUGAAUGAAAAGUGAUUAAUGGUGGAACAAGAGAUAUGAUGGACAGUAUCGUGUUUGGUUUGAGAAAAAAGGCCUUAGACGAUGCAAUGUAAACCUUUUUCCCCUCCCCCAGUGUUUGAAAUCUUAGCAUAAUCAAGAAUUGUUUUAAACCUCAUAUGAGUUUCUCUCACGAGCAGAGUCGUCACUGUCUUUCCAAGUAGAUCUAGCUCUCCAUGUUUGAAGUAAACACAGCUACGUAACACCAUUACAAAGUAUAGUCUUGAGGAACUGUUGUUGAAGGCAGGAUUUGAUGAGGUUUUUCCGUUGAAUAUUCGGUCAGUGAAGUGUUCACCUUGUUUGAAGGCCAUUUCAAUUCAUUUCUGUAUGAUAAAAGGGAGUGAAUUAUUUUGGUUAUGAAGUUCCUUCACGCAAGUCUUUUGUUUUUAGCUGAUUUUUUUGUUUGUAUUUGCGUGAUAGAACAGUGGUGUUGUGGUGUAAUCUAAAAUUGAGGAGAUUAAAUCAUCGUUAAAGAAGCAUCUAGUGUUCUGUAGGAGUUUUAUUUCGCACAGGGAUCUGUUAAAUAUUACACCCAUAUAUCCAUUCACAUUUUUAGCUGUUUAGUGAAAAACUAAAAAUUAAAUAAAGGCCUGUUGCCUCAUCACCAUUUUGUUGUGUCAGAAUCAAUCAUUAGCAGAAUUCGCCAUCGUGGAUCGAAAACCUGAAACGGCAAACGCUCUUAAACUCGCAAAUUCAAGCACUGUUGUUCAUGCUGGUCAUUGUAAAUGAUAAUUCAGUUGUGAUGCAAACAUGCUAAAGACUGUCUGUGGAAUGCAUUGUGAAAAGUAAGCCAAUAAAGUAUCAAUAAAGCUUGUAGACAAACAA